AUGCCUUCAUACGUCAUAACUGGUGCGUCUAGAGGUAUUGGAGUGGGUUGGGUUCGGAAGCUGAGUGUAGACGCGAACAACAAAGUGUUCGCCCUUGUGCGCAACCCUGAGACAGCAACUCAGCUCCAGGAAUUUAUGAAAUCCGACGAAAACAAGAACAAGAAUGUCAUUGUAAUCAAAGCUGACUUGACAGAUUAUAAGACACUUAAGGCGGCGGCAGGGGAUGUGUCGAAAGCUACUGGCGGUACAUUAGAUUAUCUCAUCAACAAUGGUGCCCUGCUCUGGCACGAACGGGCAGAGCUGACUGUGGAUGCCUUGUACUUCAAGACCAACGUCAUUGGGGUCACUCAUACGAUAAAUGCGUUCAUCCCGCUACUCCGUGCCGGAAAAACGAAGAAAGUAUUGGUGGUCUCCUCGGGCAUGGGGUCCAUUCGAUUUAACUUGGAUACGAACAGCGAUACCAAUGUGGCUUAUUCGAUCUCGAAGGCUGCAGUGAACAUGGUCGUUGUCAAGUUUGCUACAAGGUACAAACAGGAGGGAUUCACUAUUGUAGCCGUCACGCCUGGGUUUGUGAAUACCAUCCCCGGCUCAGAUGCCGACGAAGUCGAAAAAAUCCGCGAGGGAAUUGUUGCUCGAAUUCGUACCGUCAAUCCGAAAUUCUCUGGUGCUGCAACUGUGGAACAAGCCGUCAAUGGCCAACUAGCGUUGCUUGAGAGGAUAACACCUGCAGAUACAGGGGCUUUUAUCCGUCCAGACGGGAGCGAUGCAAAUGUCCUAAAGUACUAG